CGCUAAAGGAACUCAUUAUAAAUGAUAAAGCUCAUUAAAUACUAAUUAAAGGUAGCCUUGUUAGCUAGAUAAGUUGAUUUAUAAUGAUGGAAUUCGAUGUAGGCCAUGAAGAGAUUAUUACAACAGACACGGAGUCUGAAGAAGCAGAUGAGAAGUUUUACAUGAAUAGGCUGUUAAUGCUGAGUGCAGCAGGAGAACUUUCUACACCCUCUACUCACACUCCUCCACUGUCCUGUUCUCACUACGGAAUUUCUCCAGAGAUUGGUCUUUUGGCUCAGCGAGGUGUAAGGACACCGGUUGGCAGCAGUCAUAUUACGGACAGUCCACUGAUACACUCGUUAAGUCAGAGCAACACUGUUUGCAAGGAGGAUGAGGGGUCAACAAAAAUGGAUCAAUCAAAAGGAGGCCCAGUGACUGUGACAGUGACUCCAAAAAGAAUCUAUACAGAUGCCAACCAACCUCAGCCGAACCCUAUGACCUCAGUUCAACAUCCCAAACCUCUGUUCACACCUGGCCAGCCACAGUCCGUCUGCAGUGGACAGAGUGCAGUAGGCAGUCAGAAAAGUGUAAGAAAGCAUGUACAAGGAAUGUCUGAAAUCAAAAAGGACAAAGGCAGCAAUUCUAAAAGCAGGCCACAGGAGCCAGGGCGCAGGAGUUUAUCUUCUGAAAGAGGUGAGACUGUAAAGAGUCACGUCUUACCUCAUGUGUCCACGAGAGGUCAGCAGAGACCGGGAACAGGCCUUUGUGGCAAAUCAACUACAACGCCAGCAAGUGGCAAACGAAAAGUCUUACGAUUACAGAGCAUCCAUAAACGAAACAAAUACGGAGAGACACACCUCCAUCUUGCCGUGAUGAAAGAAGAUCUUCAGUCUGUGAAAGACAUGAUUGAAGCUGGUGCAUGUGUCAACCUGGCGGAUAACGCAGGUUGGACCCCACUUCAUGAGUCAGUAUUAGGACAUAAUUACACCAUUGCAGAAACUUUACUUAGAGCUGGAGCCCUAGUCAAUUCUGUAGGACAUGAAGGAAUCACACCUUUACAGGAUGCAGUACAACUUGGUAACUUUAAGCUUGCUCACCUGCUGUUAAAGUGGGGUGCUGAUCCAUUACUGAAGAAUCAGAAAGGAGACAAUGCCAUAGACCUCAGUCAAGACAGGACUAUAGAGACACUACUGAGACGAUAUGCAGCUAAGGGUUGUAGAAGGACAAGACAGUCUGCUGCUAUAGAUGAAGCAGAAAAAGAUCAGCAGGCCAGUGAAGCUGAAGUCUGUCCAGCUGUUUGUCCAGACUCAGAGGAUACAACAGAAGUACACGGCACUUCCUCUGCAAAAGCUGAAGUAAAAUCAUCAGCUCAAAUUUUGCCGCAACUAAGAGACCCAAGAAAAGACUCCGAAGACGAUGGCUCCUUACCUGUUCAAGAGCGAGAGUCUCCAGGAUCUGACCCCACGUCUUGCCCAGACAGUGAUCCUGACAGUGAUAUCACUGUGGAUUACACUGAGACUCGGUCACCAUCACCUGAACACUGGGCUUUAAGUGCUACUCAGGACUUCUCUGGAGCCACAGACCGUUAG